AUGAGUUAUCUAAAUUGUAAAUGGAAAUAACAUUACAUAAGAAAGUCAGCAAAGAUUAUGCAAUUACCAAGGAUUAAAUUUCAAAAGGAAAUUAGAACUAAGUCUAUUGAUGAUAUAUUCGAGAAAACUAAGCUUAAUUCUUAAAGGGAAGAAAACAACGAAGAAGACAAUAUAUUAAGAAAUAGUGAUAGAGUAAUGUAUAAUUGGUCAUAAUAUUUUGAAUAGUGGAGUAAGCAAGAAUAUAGCAAAAUACUAAAUCCGAAACUAAAUUCAGAUCAGUUUCAGUUGCUCUUAUAAAACAAAAAUUAUAAUAUGAAUAUGAAGAAGAUCUAACUACCAUCCAUAAUAAAUGUGGAAUGAAGGUUGUGAAUUAAGCUUAAU